AUGACCUCGGACUCGAAUCUACAUCGCCCAACCGAGGCUCUCAUCCUCCCGAGCAAGCGACGCUUCUUCCCGUUCAAGAUCCCCAACUUUCACACACAGCUUCGCAACUACAUUAGUACUGUUGAUCCCGAUCGCAUUUAUGUCGUCGUCGAGAGAAUCGUGUAUUCAAUACAUAUAUCGGCACAAAAGCGCGAAAGUGUAGCCGUGAUCCCAUUUGAGCCGCGCUGUCUGGUCGCUGGACAUGGGUGGAUAGUAGUUGGGGGCCCAGAAAAUGGGGAAUGUGCUUUUAUUCACAUCGGCGAUCGCGGAAUGCAAGUCCAUGGCGAUGCGCCCUUCCAGGCCGAUGUGGAUAGUGCGCUUCCGCUCGAUCUUGACCCACCGUCAAGUUUGACUUCGUCAGAUUUCAAUGGCGAAUCUGCGUCAACCCGCUAUAGAAGCAGCAGAUUAUCCCCUGAAGUAGAGCUUCACAAAUUUGGUGGAAGCAUUGUCAAUUCAGUGGCCAUUCAUCGUUUCUAUGGGGGCAGCGAGGAGUUGGCAGAUGAAGAUGUCGUGAUUUUGAGCAAUAAUGAUCGGACAGUCACAGUGUAUUCGCUGACUCGCGCUAAAGUCUUGAAAGUUCUUCAUCAUCCGACUUGGGAUGAGAACCACGCCUACUUUUAUGAAAUUACUCGUGAUUUGGAAUCUUCUGGGACAACUGAAUCUGGACAGAAGCUCACGGGAUGGGAAUGGGAGCUUAUAGCUCGCCUGGAGAUGAACAUUGGCCUGCGAGCGGAUGAUGCGUGCUGCUUCACUGUCGCUUUCUCGCCGUCCAGUCGCUUAUGCGCUAUCGGGUCCCAAUCUGGAAUCAUCACAGUUAUCGACGUCGAGUCCAUUUACAGGAACUUUGGCGACUCGGACGACGACUCUGCUAUUAUUUGUCAAUUCCCGACGUCCAGAUCAUGCGCUGAGGGUGGUGCCGUUCGUUGUAUGACAUUUUCGCCCGAGCCUUGGGACCUUCUUGUAUGGCUGGAGGGCCAUGGCAGAGCCGGCGUGGCCGAUGUUCGCCAACAAUUUAUGCGCAGGCAAAUACUCCAUUUAGAUUCUGAUGAUCCGCAAUUGCAGGAAGUGUACACGGACCUUUCCACAGAGAACUUCGAACGACACCCCCUGGGCGAUGAUAUUCUGGAGACGCCACGAGCACGACUCGACAGCGAAGACUUCCAGACUGAACGGAAUGGAGAGCAAACGGAGCGGUCGUCUCUACGAGAGUCUUUGAUUCAGGAUCUGACAGAAAGAGAAAGGUUGAUUAUGGAGUUUUUGAACACGGCACGCUGGACAUCGCGGCUAGAAGAAGGACUUACUGAACGACCAGAGCGCCCGGCCAGGGCGAGUCUUCAACCUCAACCAGUGGCUCGGCCGCAAAAUCAUGGUUCCACAGAUGGCGCCACUCGCACUCAUCGUCCUACUUCGCCCCUGCAUCGCUACGAUUCUUCUGAUGUCUCCCGAGAUAGCCAUCUGGGCCGCACUUUAUCCAAUCCAAGGCGCCAGAGCUCUGUGGUGAUAUCUCAAGGGGAUCGACCUUUGGAAGCUACGCCCUCUCACCAUGAUCGCCAAUCAGGCAUCACCCUCAGUUAUUCGACCUCACAUUCAGAGCAUACACCCCUCAGAUCUGAAAUUAUCUCUCGGACUGGCACUGAUGCAGAAGCGGCCAACAACGAAACUAGUAUUUCAACCGAAACGACUGGAUCUUCUAAUCCAAGUCUAGACACCCAUGGCUUGAACCACCGAUCCCAGCAACCAAGCUCCAUUCCACGGCGCAUCGAACGACCACAAACAGGAGCAGAAAGAAGAUACGACACCUCGCGACUCACCACAUAUGAAAUUCGUGCCAAUGUCGCUGCUGAGAGGCUUCGACAUCAGCGUCAGAUUGCUAAUGAGGUACACAACCGUUCCUUUGAAAGGGAACAACGGCAUCGCCAACAGCUUCUCGGAUUUGAGCAGACACACUCUCCCCGCUGGAUCAGAAACAUAAUCAAUGAUCUUCCUGAUCGAAAUUCAAUGCAUGGCCCCGGCGCCGAGGAGCCAGAUUCCACUGCUGGAGUUGGCUGGGGCGCUGAUGGCCGCACAUUGUAUAUUGCCACACUGGAGGGGAUUUUUGAAUUCUCCCUGAACAUUCACGAUCGGAAAACAUUUCCUAUCUUCUCUUGCCGUUAA